GUAAAAAGCAGUAUUUUGGUGACUCCUCAUUUGUGUGUGUGUGCUCAGCUGACCAGUGUGACUAUGUAGCAGCAAAUAAGCUCCGCAUUGGUGAUUACAGUGUGUAUACUAGUACUAUGACGGGUGAUAGACUGACAAGGAGAGUUUACAACAUUGAUAUCAAACCAAACAUUUCAAAUACUGAUAUAACAUUUACCAUCAAUUCAACACACACAUAUCAACAGAUAUUAGGAUUUGGUGGAGCCUUCACUGAUGCUGCUGGUAUUAAUAUUCUAAAUUUGACUAAAGAUGUUCAAGACAGAUUAUUGGAAUCCUACUACUCACCAAAUGGGAUUGAAUAUACAUUAGGUCGUAUACCAAUGGCAAGUUGUGAUUUCUCAACUCAUCCUUAUUCAUAUGAUGAUGUAGUGGGGGACUUCUCUUUGGAAAAUUUUGCAUUAACUAAAGAAGAUUUGUCAUUUAAAAUUCCAAUUAUUCAGAGAGCUCUCAACAUGAGUCAAAAUAUAUUAAAUAUUUUUUUUUUCAGAUUUGUUGAAGAAUAUUCCAAGAAUGGAAUUCAGUUAUGGGGUUUGACAGCUCAAAAUGAACCCACAGAUGGUGCUAUUGAAGGAUUUUCAUUUCAAGCAAUGUAUUUCAAUGAAACAUCCCAAAGAGACUUUAUCAAGCUUGACUUAGGUCCAACCUUAAAAGCUAGGGGACACAAGGAUGUGAAAUUAAUGAUACUGGAUGAUAACAGAAUCAUGUUGCCAAGAUGGGCUGAAACGGUGUUGCAAGACCCAGACGCUGCACAGUAUGUCUCUGGUAUUGCUGUUCAUUGGUAUUUGAAUUCCUUCAUACCAGCAAACAUUCUAUCAAUCACACAUGAUAAAUGUCCUGAUUAUUUUAUACUGUCUACUGAAGCCUGUGCAGGGUCAUUCCCUCUAACCAAGCCUGUCAUGCUUGGAAACUGGGAACGAGGUGAAUCAUACAGUCAUGAUGUUAUAACAGAUUUACAGAAUUGGGUCACUGGUUGGGUAGAUUGGAACAUCGCUUUAAAUAUGCAAGGUGGUCCAAAUUGGGUAGAAAAUUUUGUUGACAGUCCUGUAAUAGUUGAUGCUGAAAAUGAUGUCUUCUACAAACAACCAAUGUAUUAUCAUUUAGGUCAUUUCAGUAAAUUCGUAGAACCUGGCUCUAUGAGGGUGGAUGUUAAAAGUGAUAAGACAAAUGACUUAUUAAUUGUAGCAUUUAUCACCAAUAAGAAGAGAAUAACAGUUGUCAUUCUGAACAGUGAAAAUAAAGCUGUCAAGAUUCAUUUAUAUGACAUAAAAUCUGGUUACAUCAAUGCUGAGGUUCCAGCCAGAUCCAUUCAGACAUAUACUUGGAUGACAAAGUAAACAAAGAUCAGUGUACUGUCCUAUUGAACAUUUUGUAUAAUGUUAUGCAUUCAGCUGUAUGCAAUCAGAUUUGGUAUUCAUCUCGGAAAAAUUACAUUUUAUUAUUGAUUGGUGCCAUAAUGCCAUAAUGUCAUGGCAACACUUGGUGCACAUAUUUUAUUUGUUGAUUUAGUAUCAAACGGACAUACUUUUUUAUUGGCUACAGGUCUCGAUCAAGAUCAAAUCUUUGAAAAAAAAAUACUUGACCUUGGUUUUCAAAGCUGUUUCUUUGUAUUUAUGCAGAUUGUAAACUGCUACAGAAUUCAUGUGAAGAUUGUGAACUCAACUUAUCCAAAGUUGUAAGUUCUGGAGUUGACAAGUUCUCCCUCAACUAUUAAUAAA